GUUUCCCAUUCCAGGGUGCAGGGCAGUGUCAACAUGGAAGCCAUCCCCUGCCACAGGCCUGCCUCUUCUGGCAGCCCAUCGGGAUGAUCCACGACAGCGACCCUUGAGGUUAGAAUCGGCAACCAAAGAGACAGACAGGCAAGAGCCAGGAAGAGGGAGACUGCCCGCUUUCGACUCCCACCUAGGUAUCUCGAACUCGACACCUCUACUGUAGCCCAGGGCCGUCGCGUCUUGACGGAAUGAACCCACUCCUUCAGUCAUCUUCAGUCUUUCCUCCCAACGGGCGAAUGGGCUUUCUUUCAUGGCUCGGUACUCCCCAAGAGACUGCAACAACCAUCAGAUGACAAGCUGAAGUGGCGGCGGUGUGGUACACAUUGAUCGAUAUUUCUUCCACCUCGCCAGCUCGCUGUCGCUUUAUCCACGGAACGACUCAUCAAUCACAUAUUCUAGGCCUCAUUAGGACAUUGCUCUUACGGUAGAUAUUCCAGCCCGAACAAACAGACGGCUCCAGGACGACCGCUACAGGACGCGGUACCCGACAGCUGUGUAUCCGAGUUGCUGUUGGUGCCCAGCCGCAGCGCCCAUCAAGUCCCGACCCGUCCCGUCUGCACAGCUACGAGAAGCAGAGGCAUAUAUAUUCACACGUUUAUCCAUCAUCGCAUAGAAAAGCAGAGAUAGCCGCUCGGCUGCUCGGUUGCCCUGACAGAAAGACUAUUGCUUCCACCACCUGUACCUGCGGCAUCGGCAUUCUGACUUUCUCCCCGCACUUCAAGUUCUCCAAGAAAAUAAAAAGGCAUCGAUCUAGAUGUCUUUUUCUUACCUGUCAGCCGAUUCAGCAGCAGCCAUGGCCUCGCACGAGAACAGUCACGCGUCGCCCGCCGUGAACCCUCACAGUUUCUUGGGCAUGCCGUCAGAGAUUCAAAAGGACAUCGUCAAGCACUGUUGCCAGCCAGACCUCAUCUGUCUCGCCCUUGUCUCCAAACACUGCCGAGAACUUGCCGCUUCCCAGCUGUAUCGCCAGUUCCACAUCGUUUUUCCGGAUGAGGAUGACCCGUCAUUCGACUCCCCCAUUGAUGGUCUGGCCGGCGGGCUGGAUACCUUCGUGACCAGCAACUACGACUAUGCGCAACAUCUCAGAGAUCUUUCACUCGACACCCUUAGCGCCGGUAGCAAGGGGGAAGCCGCUUAUAAGCCCUACCUGUUGCAGAAUAGCUGCGGGAAGUUUAUGAACACUCUUCUGGUCCUCGCUCUGCGCAAAGCAAAUAAGCUCGAGACUUUCAAGUGGAAUAUCCGCGUCGAGCUGAGCCGUCCUGUAUACGCCGUGCUACAUGACAUCCGAACCAUCGCCCACGUACACAUACGCAUGCAGGCAGGCCCGUCUUUGUAUGAAAAGCCGCCUCCGCUCCCUCAUGCUAAUCACCCACCGCCGCCCAUUGCUUCCGGCCUGCCGCCGGUACACUGGAUGCCUCAAGGCACUCAUCCGCCCCCGGUUCCUCCGCAGCAGGGUAUGGACUGGGACUUACAGUUAGCGAACCUUGCGAACCUUAAUUCGAACUUUGGAAAUGCGCAUCCUGUCCAUCCUGUUCAUAACUCACAGCCCCCUCAUCCACAUGCUUUCGCUCAACAACAUCCUCAUCUACAGGCUUUCCCUCAGCAGCCUCCCCAUCAUCAUCAGCCUCCCGCUCCCAAGCCCCCCUCCAAACCAAAAGCGCAAAAGCGACCUCAGGUCCUCAUAGAACCUCCAACCUUAUCAGGAUUCAGAAACCUCAAGAGCCUCGCCGUCCUCGAUAUCGACAAUCUAGAUAUUGUGACAGAAAUCAAGACCUGUGUUAGGAACUCGGCCGGGACCUUGACCAAGUUGAAACUGUCUUUUUCGCAUUUCCUCGCAUCACAGGCCCGGAAGCCAACGGCUCCCGAAGUCGUUACGGACGAUAGCGAUGAGGAGGAAUCCGUCUGGUCCACUCCUGGCUCGAGCCCGAGUCCGAGUCCGCAAUCGAGUAAUGCGGUCGAAAGCACUGGAGCGAAGGCACAGCGGGCGCAGGAGGAGAAAAAGACACAGGAGUCCGUUUUGGGACGCAUCUUCGAUGUUGAACACUUUGUUGUUAAGAAACCACAGAAGGACGUCAAGGCAAAAGAAAAGACAUCAGCGGAGGCAGUGAACGCGGACCCUGGCCAAAGAUUCAUCCAAAACGUGAUGAAAGCGGCAGAGCUUCUGAUUAUGGAGAAGGAUGACUUACGACGCGACGCUCUUGAUAUCAUCCAAACUGCCGCCAGUGCUUAUGUAGCUUCGCUAAAGACAAAGCAGACUAGUACUACGUCUGCGAGUUCCGAAUCUCAGUCUGCUCAGACCAAGGUCGAGGCAAAAGGCGGAUCAAAUACAGGGGAACUGGGAACUGGAUCUAUGAAUUCUUCAGUCCCUGCCAGACACAAGAAAAAAGAUGACGAAUUCACCCCGGAAGACAUCAACAUUGAAGAGCCUGAGGGAGAACUCCAACUCGAUCCGGGAUCCCCAGGCCCCAAAAUUGAGGACACAGAGACUGUACUAGAGUUAUCACCUUCGCAAACUCUGUCGUCGUUGGUAGCAGGCGGCCUUGACGCCGCUUCUGUCAAGAAGGCCGUGGCCAACUUGGUAGCACAAAAGGAAACCGAAGAACUGCGCGAGCAAGAUGGGCCUGUCGAUUGCAAACGCAUCGCUAGAACCGAGAAAGAGAUUACAAGGCUAAGCAACGGAAUCGAACUAGUUAGGAGCGAACUCAACCUGGUCGAGGCUGAGGUAGCCGAUUCGCAAAAGGAAAUCUAUGGUCUUCGCAACUCGGAUACAGCUGAGUCCCAGCGUCAGCAGCGGAGUGAAUAUGCGAGAGCUACUCGUGGAUUGCCUCUUGAGUCACUCAGCAUCUAUCUGAUUCCGGCAAAGGCAUCCUUCUUCUCCAAGGCCCUUGAUAUUCGGAUGCUCACUCGCAUCACUCUCCUUAACGUCGGGCCGCAAGCACCGAUUUGGGCUUACUUCAAGAGCCAGAAUGAGGAAAACCCCCUCCCGCUUUGCGAAAUCUUCACCGACAACGUCACGACAACUUUCUUGCAAUUUGUUUCCCAACUGAACCAGGUAACCGAGCUGUUCUUGCUCGAGAGAGAAGCCAAAUACAAGCCCGAGAGCUUCGCUUCCAAGACCCAAACCACCAUUGACGAUAUUCGGCGACUGGCCCUCACAAAGCACAUGGCUAGUCUGCGGAGGCUCAUGAUCAAGAACUUGGCCAGUGCGGCGUGGGAUGUGAAUACCAAAACCAUCAUGCUAUUGUGCAAGCGUGGCAAGAAUGUCGAGGAGCUUGCCUGCAACAUGAGUAUGCGGUGUUUGCAUGUCUUCAACCAGAACGCGCGCUUGCUCGGGAACCUUCGCGCUCUUCACAUACCUAUCCUCCGUUGCGAUGACCCGUGUCCCUCUUUACCGAUGGAGGGCAAGAAAUUUUUGGUCGAUAACCUCUCGCAGUUUCCCUUGACGAAGCUAGAAUGGAUUUCCAUUCAUGAUGGCGACUGCGUGGACCAUGUCAAGUUCAACAAGCCGCAAUCGGUGGAAGAGAGGAAGAGAAGAAUGGCGGCCAAAGAGGCCAAGGGCAAGUCAAAGGCCACGGUGGUCACCGCCAGUAAUGGAACAUCAAGCAAUACAACCCAAUACCCGAACUUUCCUCCCCCGGAAGCCUGGGAUGAUGAGAGUAGUACCGACGAGUGGCAUGGAGAUGACGAGUGGACACCUUCGUCAAGCAACUUUUUGGUGCAGUUGGGGACUAUGCGCUUCUACGAUGUGUGGGGGGUAAGAAUCUUCAAGAAGGAGGUUUUCAGUGGCCGUCUUUGAGCCCCAAUCAUGACGCGCAAAUAUUUUACUUGACGCCAGCGGAAUCGGGGAACAUGAUAACGAGAGAAAUGAAGGAAUGGUGAAUAGCGUUUUUUUCCACUUUCUGAUUUCGUCCAAUGAACGUGGCCGACAGGACCUCUGGAACCAGCCGGAGCUUGGGUGUCGAAGCGGUGGUUGGAUCGUGAUGGUUGCUUUUUAGACAUCUGAAGAGGGCCUUUCGGCGUUCGUGUCGGGGAGAAGAGGAAGAACAAUAGAGGAGAUGAAGUGUAAUAUACCCAGUAGUUUUUUUCUGCUUGCAUACACAAGGCACAAUCAGCAUUCCACAG